AGCUUCCAAGACAUCACUCCCGCAGAUCUCAUCCAGUUUACCAUUCUAGAGUCUUGGCUCAUUCAUUCUUUCGUCCUAUUUUUUAACCAAUCAUUCUGAUACUGUGUAUCAAGUCACUCUCUACUACCAAAACAACUUCCUUCCAACAAAAUGGUUUCUUCACUUCUCGCCCUCGGCGCCUUGGCCGCCACUGCUAUCGCUGCUCCCCUCGAUGCUCGCGCCAGCUGCACCUUCACCGAUGCCGCUGCCGCCAUCAAGGGCAAGGCUAGCUGCACCAGCAUCAUCCUCAACGGCAUCGUCGUCCCUGCCGGUACCACCCUCGACAUGACCGGUCUUAAGUCCGGCACCACUGUCACCUUCCAGGGCAAGACCACCUUCGGCUACAAGGAGUGGGAGGGACCCCUCAUCUCCUUCUCCGGUACCAACAUCAACAUCAACGGUGCCUCUGGCCACUCCAUCGACUGCCAGGGUUCCCGCUGGUGGGACUCCAAGGGAAGCAACGGCGGCAAGACCAAGCCCAAGUUCUUCUACGCCCACAGCCUCAAGAGCUCCAACAUCAAGGGUCUCAACGUCCUGAACACCCCCGUCCAGGCCUUCUCCAUCAACAGCGCCACCACCCUCGGCGUCUACGAUGUCACCAUUGACAACUCUGCUGGCGACUCCGCCGGCGGCCACAACACCGACGCCUUCGACGUCGGCUCCUCCACCGGCGUCUACAUCUCUGGCGCCAACGUCAAGAACCAGGACGACUGCCUCGCCAUCAACUCUGGCACCAACAUCACCUUCACCGGCGGCACCUGCUCCGGUGGCCACGGUCUGUCCAUUGGCUCCGUCGGCGGCCGCUCCGACAACACCGUCAAGACCGUCACCAUCUCCAACUCCAAGAUCGUCAACUCUGACAACGGUGUCCGCAUCAAGACCGUCUCCGGCGCCACUGGUUCCGUCUCCGGCGUCACCUACUCCGGCAUCACCCUCUCCAACAUUGCCAAGUACGGUAUCGUCAUCGAGCAGGACUACGAGAACGGCUCCCCCACCGGCACCCCCACCAACGGCGUCCCCAUCACCGGCCUCACCCUCUCCAAGAUCACCGGCUCCGUCGCCUCCUCCGGUACCAACGUCUACAUCCUCUGUGCCUCCGGUGCCUGCAGCAACUGGAAGUGGAGCGGUGUCAGCGUCACCGGUGGCAAGAAGUCCACCAAGUGCUCCAACAUCCCCAGCGGCAGCGGUGCUGCUUGCUAAGCGUCUCGCACUUGCGAGGUUUCUCGGCCGCUCUCUCCUGAGUCGGUGAUACCCACCUGGUGGUGCUAGUCUCCUUUUCCCUGGUGGGAAUGCUGACGCGGAUUGUUUUGUGCUGGACUUUCUUGUAAUGAGUUGAGUUGUGUCUGCAAAUUAGUCAGCCGAGCGCAAAUUUGUUCCUGUAUAUAAUUUCCCUUGUCGUUCUCAAGAUAUCUUGAGGCGAGAUACAUACGAAUCCAACUGCAUACUGGAUGAACUUCAUCAUUCCCUUCUUCGUGACUCCAAAAUCUUCAAGCUCGCAAUUGACCCAUGUUCUGCUUUAAGCCUUUGUGCCAAGAAACCAAGAGAUAAACGACUGCUCAUUUCCACAUAAGUUACAGG